AUGCCCUGCGACACAAGCGACUGGGUGAAGUUUGGCCACGAGAUUGAGAACCUCAAGGAUGAACACAGGCAUCUUGACAUCUUCUACAACAAUGCCGAGUUCAACCACGUGUCUUUGAGUGACAGCAAAGCCUUCGAGCACACCAUGGCGGCCAACUUCCUGUCCGUCCUGGAGAGCAUCAACCUCGCCAGUGCUGUGAUGACGCGCCAGAAGCACAAGGGAGGCUGCAUCCUCCUGAGGAGCAGCACCAUGGGCUUGCUCGGCGACGUGGUGCCCUCGGCGUACAGCAUCUCCCAGGCCGCAGCCAUCGGCGUGAUCCGGGCCAAGGCGGCGGAGCUGGCGGCGCACGGCGUGCGGGUGAAGGCUAAUCUCGCAGCACGCCGACGUUGA